AUGGCGGACUCUGCGCCCCAAUCCACGGCCGAUGGCACCCUGUACCUCUACACCUCCCUCACCGCAGGCUCCUCCCACAUUAUCACUGCCACCUCGCGACUCGAGACCAUCCUGAAAGCGAACAAGAUCCCUUUCCGCGCGAUUGAUGUGGCCACGGACGAGAAAGCCCGCAUGCUAUGGGGCCGCCGAUCCAAAGGCAGAAAGCUUCCGGGUCUGGUCAAAUACGGCAAUGUCGUAGGCGACUUGGAACAAAUCGAAGAGUGGAACGAAUACGGCGAACUCAAGCAGCAAAUCGAGUCCAUCACGCACCUAGAUGCUCUCCCCGAACCCCGCGUGAACACCCCUGCCAACACGUCGGCCAAGCCUCCUACCCCUGCAGAGUCUCCAGCUCCAGCUCCAGCCACCCCGAAGCCGACGAGUAGCUCGCCACAUAUCCAGAUCCAGACUCCUCCCAGCAAGAACGACGUGAAGGAUGACCACAUUGCGCUGGCACUGCGGCAGGCCGGCGAGGAGGCCGCGUCCAAGGCGAAGGAAAAUGCCCGUGCGAAACUAGGAACCAAGCCUCCCAGCAAGGAGGGAGACGGCAAACUGCCGCCCACGUCGAAGCCCGAAGCGAAAGCCACCGAGCCCGUCGGGAAAGUGGAUGCGAAGGAUGUCGAGGGCCGACAGCCGGGGGUGCCGGUCUCAGAUGCAGACCAAGGACAACACCGACAAUCAGUCGCGCCCGCUCCGGAAAUUGUCGCUCCUCCCCAGAGACCAUCGUUGGAAAGCGAGUGCGCUGCCGUCUCGAGUGCCAACUUCCGCGCCGAGAACGCCGAGACGCUGGGUCUCGUGGGACAUCAUCGCGGGUCUAUUGUCUCUGCGACGUCGAAGGAGGAAAAGGACCAGGUGGCUCGCGAUCUGCGCGACUCAGUCUCGCAGCCAGUCGCCGAUGGGGAUCUUCAAGAGUUGCGAAGCUCAGCGAACAAGGGGCAGGAGGAGACGGUCGAGGAUGAAGAAGAAGAAGAAGGCGAAGGCAAGGCUGACGAGGAGAAGAAAGACACGGAUGGCCACAAGGUCUCAGGAGAGGAGACUAGUCCUAGCCCACAGCAGCAGGAUCCCAAGGCCGGAGAGCAGGCUGGUAUCAGUGUGAAAGACUAA